AGGUUAGAAACUGCAGAACAAAUGUUGGAAGAUGUUGGCUGUGGAUACAGGGAUUGUAGAAGAAUGGUUAUCGGAAUUCAAGACAGCACCAGAAGCAUCCAUACCAAGCUAUGCUAAAAAUCUGAAAAACAAGAGUUCUCUGGUUUCAUCUUUAUACAAAGUUAUUCAGGAUCCACAGAGUGAGUUGCUGGAGCCAGUCUGUCAUCAGCUGUUUGAGUUCUAUCGUAGUGGUGAGGAACUGCUUCUACAAUUCACACUGCAGUUUCUUCCAGAAUUGAUGUGGUGCUAUCUUGCUGUUUCUGCAAGCAAAGAUCUACAAAGCAGUGGGUGCAUAGAAGCACUUCUUCUAGGAGUUUACAAUUUGGAAAUAGUUGACAGACAGGGGCACAGUAGGGUAUUAAGUUUUACAAUUCCAUCCUUAUCUAAACCUUCAGUAUAUCAUGAACCUUCCAGUAUUGGCUCAAUGGCUCUUACUGAGGGUGCUUUAUCUCAGCAUGGGUUAUCCAAGGUUGUGUAUAGUGGACCUCAUUUGCAGAGAGAGAUGUUGACAGCACAAAACAGGUUUGAAGUAUUGACAUUGCUUUUGUUGCGAUACAAUGCUGCCUUAAGUUAUAUGCCUGCAAUUUCUCUUCAGUCAUUAUGUCAGAUCUGCUCAAGGAUAUGUGUUUGUGGGUAUCCUCGGCAACAAGUGAGGAAAUACAGAGGCAUAAAUAGCAGGAUUCCAAUUUCUUCUGAGUUCAUGGUGCAAAUGCUAACUGGAAUUUAUUAUGCUUUUUAUAAUGGAGAAUGGGACCUGGCUCGAAAAGCAAUGGAUGACAUUUUAUACAGAGCACAACUGGAGCUGUAUCCAGAACCACUAUUGGUUGCUAAUGCAAUAAAAGCAUCAUUACCUCAAGGUGCCAUAAAAUCUAGUAAAGAAGGAACAAAAUGCAUUCAGGUUGAAAUUACACCUACUGCAUCUAGAAUAUCAAGAAAUGCAGUGACUAGUAUGUCUAUUCGAGGACAUAGAUGGAAAAGGCAUGGUAAUGAACUAGGAAUUCCAGAAGAAGAAUUGAUAGAAGUAUCUGAAAUUGAUGAAGGUUUUUACUCUAGGGCUACUUCUGCCACAAGUCAUUCUGCUUUAUCGAACAGCAGCAACACCACUAACAAGCCUCUGACAGGCAAGAGUCAGCGAAGGUCUGGAGGAAGCAAAGUUGGGGUGAAAGAAAAAGAAGCUGUUGGUGAAUCCUACAAAGAACACUUGUCUCGUAAACAAAGCCAGAGAGCAAUGAGUGAGAAUCUAGAGCUUCUGUCUUUAAAGAGACUGACCCUGACUAGUAGCCAGUCCCUGCCUAAACCAGGCAGCCAUAGUUUGGCCAGAACCAGCACUACUCUUUUUAGUAAAUCCUUCGAACAGGUCAGUGGCAGUGUGGUCCCAAAUAACCACAGUGGUACAGAAGCAAACAGGUUUUCUGUAUGUAGCUUGCAAGAGGAGAACUUGAUUUUUGGAGGGGAAAGGACAGAACUUCCUCUUCCAAGCAAGCAGCCAAAUCAGCAGCGACCACCUAGCAUCAGCAUAACACUGUCAGCAGACUAACAGAACUUCAAUAAUUUCUCAGUAUAUAAAAAAGGAUUCAGUUGAUUUUACUACCAUUUAUUAUCCCUUUUCUAAAUAUUUCUCUUGAGCUGUCUUGAAAGGUUUCCCUUGUUUGAAAGCUGUGUCUAAACUGCA